UUCUAUGUGACAAAACACAACGUCCUUCACGACGGGAGGUUUUUGUCCUUUGAAUGUUUAGACUACCAAACACCAAAAGGCAUUAAACAUUGGGAAUGUAUCUCUCGCAAAUCCAAGAAGCUUUCUGGCUUAGAUGUCGACGCAGUAGAAUUAGUCCCAAUAAUUUACUACCCAAUUUCUAAAAAGCCGACUUCCCUCAUCUUUAUCAGAGAGUUUAGAGUGCCUGUUAAUGCGUUUGUUACUUGCAAAGUUUAUCAACUUGCCGCGGGACUUAUUGAUCCCCACGAAACAGUCGAGUCUUCAGCGUUCAGAGAAUUAAAGGAAGAGACGGGGUAUGUUGCUGAAAAGGUUUUACACGUAUCGAAGAGAGUAGCAGCCGCCCCCGCUGAGAGUGACACAUACGUCCAAUACGUCUCACUGUUGGUGAAUGGUGACGCUGAGGUCAAUCAACACCCAGUUCAAGAACUCGAACCAUCGGAGGAAGUCACUGUUCAUGUUCUUCCACUCGAUGAGGUCGAAGCGUUUUUGGCUAAAAAGUCUGAAGAGGGAGAAACAGUAGAAGCCCGUCUCUUCUGUUUUGCGUGCAACUCAUUUAUCAUGAACUACAAGUUCUAA